AUGAGUGGUACUGAGAAGGAGAUCGAAGACGAAGAUCUUCCGAUGCCUCAUGUCAAGAAGUCCGGAUUGUCUCAUCUGGAGAAGGGGAUAGAGCGUGGAGGGCAGCGGAUUCGAACGGCUCUCCAUGGAAUAUCGAGGAGCAACCCGUCCAAGGACUACGAGGUUCUUGUCCCAGAAGGUAGCGACGGAUACAGGCUGCCGCAGAAGCCAACAGUGAGCGAUUACAUCUUACACCCGUACAGAGGUUUCAAACACUUUGCCGGUCAACUCGUUGCCAACUUUGGCUGGAAGUUUUGUACGAUGAUUGUAUGCAACUACCUCGCAGUCAAGGGCCUCCUCCUUUCCGCCAUGGGGCUGGUGCGCUUGUCCUACUGCAAGAAGACGCUGGGGAUAGACGGGGCUGCCUGCCAGACUGUCGCCGCCAUCUCCUCUACUCCAUGGGCGAUCAAGGGAGCGAUCGGUGUCGUCUCCGACGCGUACCCCCUCCUGGGCUAUCACAAGUCAAGUUACAUCAUCCUGCUCUCUGUCGUCGGGACGUUUGCCUUCUUUCUCCUCGCCUCCCUCUCCAUCCGCUCCCCUAUGGUCGCAGCCGCUCUCUUCUUCCUGGCCAACUUCCAGAUCGCUACAGCCGACCUCCUCUGCGAGGGCAAGUACGCCUCCCUGAUGCAGGCGAAGCCGCAAACAGGCUCGUCCAUGGUGUCGCUGGUGUGGGGGUGCUUCCAGCUGGGGUCGCUCGUCGCCGCUCUCAUUGUGGGGCCCAUCGCCGACAACUUCGACCCCCAGAUCAUCUUCUGGUUGUGCAUUCCUCUCGCCGCCAGCAUCAUCCUUCCUACUUCCCUCGGGUUCUUGCAAGAUCAGAAAGUUGCUCCGGAGAAGCGAGGAGUAGAUUGGAGCUUGCUCAAGAAGCAUCCCUACAUCAUCAGCUACUGCAUGAUCAUGGCGCUUGCGGCGCUAGGGAACGGAUUGAUCGACACUUUGUACUUCGACUCUCAUCUCCUGCAGCUCAUCUACUCGCUCUUUUGUAUGCUCUUGCUCUCAGUCCUGGCGUUCCUGUGGCUGCCUCCCAUGCUAGCGAAGUGCAACUUCUACAUGUUCUUGUCUUCAGUUCUCUAUGUCAACAUAGGAGGCGCGCAAGACUUCUGGUUUACAGCAGACGAGCAGUGUGUGCCGGGAGGGCCGGCGUUCGACUAUACGUACUACAACACUUACACGUGGGUGGUGGGAGCUUGUACAGGAUGGGUCGGAAUCGUCUUGUUUCAGAUAGUUGCCUCUGCCUUCGACCUUCUCAUCAUCGCACGAUGGAACAAGUCGAUCAACGUCAGCGACAAGGUCUUCUACAUGUUCGGAGAUGCCGUCAUCGGCCCAGCCGUCGGGAUGUUUGCGGCCAUGCCAGCUCUGGUCUUGACGUCGAAGCUCGUUCCAAAGCUUACAGCUGGUCAGGGGCUGGAGUCAACUGUGUAUGCUCUGCUAGCUGGGUUUCAGAACUUCGGAGGAGUCGUCUCAUCGCAGAUCGGCAUCUAUGCCAUUCAGGUACUCGUGUGCCACUGCCUCCUGCCCCUCAUCGCCGUUCCCCUCACCUUUCUGCUCAUCCCCAACAAGCUCAUGACCGACAAUAUCCUCGACGAGCAGCAGGAGAGGUCGGACCCCGAGGACGAAUGUAUCGAGCUUACAACAGCACACUUGUCCUUUGGAGCCAACGUAGACGAGAGCAGCACAACAGACAAGCCAAUGCAGGAGCCUGCACGACGGCAAUAAUGCUCACACAGUUGCAAGCAUCUCACUUCAACGAUACACAACAUGACACGUCGGUCGACUCGUAGCUCCCGCUCAAGGCAGCAGCGACAUCAUCUCUUCUGCAAGCUCGAGCGGGAAGUCAUCGGGCAGCUCGAAGAAACCGAGCUUGGAAUACUGGAGCAAGCGCCGGAAUUCGCCGCUGCAAGUGACUAGAGUCUCUUUCUUCUCCUCCUCGGACAUGUCCGAUACCUCUUUUAACUGCAUCAGGGCCGUUAGAGCCUCCCAGCAGAAUCAUCAUCAUCAUCAUCAUCAUCAUCAGCAGCAGCAG